UUAACCCCGGUGUUUGCAGAUACUUUUCGGUCUUUCGCCGCGUUGGUCUACAAAAGCCUUCACACUCCUACCUUCGCAAGUGCUUUCUUCCGCUUCGAGCCUUCUCUGCUUUUCUCUCGUCUCUUCCAUCCACAUUCUUCUCUCUCGAUUACUCCGCGCUGGGAAUGGCGAUCGACCAUGCGUCCCCUUUCUCGCUGAAGAACAGAGGCGGCAUGGGAGGAGGGGAGUAUGACGAAGAGGUGGAGAACCAGCGGUGGCCGCCGUGGCUGAAGCCGCUGCUGGCGACGAGCUUCUUCGUGCAAUGCAGGAUCCACGCCGACGCGCACAAGAGCGAGUGCAACAUGUACUGCCUCGACUGCAUGAACGGCGCGCUCUGCUCCCUCUGCCUCGGCCACCACCGCGAACACCACGCCAUCCAGAUACGGAGGUCGUCGUACCACGACGUGAUCCGGGUGUCGGAGAUACAGAAGGUGCUGGACAUCACCGGCGUGCAGACGUACAUCAUCAACAGCGCGCGCGUGGUGUUCCUCAACGAGCGGCCGCAGCCGAGGCCCGGCAAGGGCGUCACCAACACCUGCGAGGUCUGCGAGCGCAGCCUCCUCGACUCCUUCCGCUUCUGCUCCCUCGGAUGCAAGAUUGUGGGUACGUCCGGCGGGUACCGCCCCAGGAAGAAGCAUGCCGGAAGCGGCGCCGGCGCCGCCGCCGCCGCCGGCAAGAGGAAGAAGAGGACGGUGCUCAAGGACACGCGGUCCGAUUCCGAGGACUCGUGCACGAGCACCAGCGGCGGCAGCAGCGACAAGAGCAGCGUCGUGCAGAGCUUCACGCCGUCGACCCCGCCGCCGACCUCCACCAGCUACCGCUCCGGCAACAAGCGCCGCAAGGGCGUCCCGCACCGGUCCCCCUUCGGCAGCCUCAUCGUCGAGUUCUAGGAGGUUCGGCGCAAGCGUCCGCGCCUGAUCAACAUAGUGUACUGUACACAUGACAUAGCCAACACAAUAACCGUGCGCCUCGGAGUGGCGAGCCCGGCGCUUCCCUACCCGGAGGCCGGCCGGCGUAAUGCCGCAGAGGGGCAAGAGCAGUAAGCACGUAUACAUACUAUAGCUUGUUACUUUUCAGGUUGGUUUUUAGUUACAGUUCAGUUAGUAGUACUCAGUCAAGUCCAAUCACUGGCUGCUUACAACUCGGUAACAGCAACUAAGUUUUGCAACCGUGUAAAUUAUGACCUCCAUAUAAUGUUGUAGAUGUACAGAGCUGUGGUAUAGGAGACAGUGGGAUGUUCAUAUCUGCAUUACCCCGUGUAAUAAAAAUAAGAGUUGCUGCUCCCAAUUACGCCGGAA